AUGCAACGGAAGGAGAAAGAGAAGGAGAAGGACAAGGAUAAAAACAAGGCGAAAGAAAACCUCAAAAUUUUAAAAUAUGAUCUUGUUGAUGGGUUGCUCCCGGUAAUUUUGCUUGAUUUUAAAUUAAAUUUCCUAAAAACCUAUUUUUUCAGGAAAUUCGGAAAACAUGUGGAUACCCUAUGUAUGUAGAAGAGGUUACUACCAAAGGUUUGCAAUUUUCAAUGGAUUGUAAAAAGAAAAUGAAUUCAGGUUCUUCGAAGAAAAAGAAGAUGAUAAUUGAGGAGGAAUGGACGAUGCCAGAAGCCCAAAACUGCGGACUUUGCUCGGUUAGUGUGUGAAAAAGGCAGACGUUUAUAUAAGUUUUCAUAAAUUGCAGACCGGCGGUGAUAUUCUCUGCUGUGAACUCUGUCCGGCCUCAUUUCAUCUCACCUGCAUAGGUUUAGAAGAAUCGGAUAUUCCGGAGGGCAACUUUUACUGCAACCGCUGCAAACACAUGCCCGAGAACGUGAGGCUAUUCCCACCGGAAAAAUGCUCCACUUCUACGUCGCCUACUUAUCGAAUCGAGAAUGAGAAUCGCAGAAAUUGGGAGACCAUCGAGUUUCAAUACAAUCGGUUUCGCCAGGAAGAAGUGGACGCCGGAAACGCUCCGAAGCUCGGGAUUUCUGAAGAAGAAGCUAUUCGGCGGAGCUUUCCGGAUAGGAAUCUGUUAAAAGCGCUCGGAAUGGCGAACCAUAUGGAUGUGAGCGAAAGUUGUUUUGUAUAUGUCACCAAUUCCUACUAGUUUCAGUACAGUCUUCCACUGGAAUACCUCAGAGACCGGCAAUACCUGCCGGUUGAUGCGCGGCACGGGAAACGAGUAUCGUUUAGCGGAGAGAUCUGUGCGCAUUGCAAACUGUAAGUUCUUCCUAUUCCGCAAAAACUCUGGAAAUCACUUUAUUUCCAGAAAAGACGAAUGGUCGACGAUGUUAAAGUGUGAUUUUUGUGAUCGCAAGUGGCAUCAAAAGUGCGUCCAGCCGACAUUAGUGGCCCUUCCAAAACUGCACUACUGGAUGUGCCCGGCGCACCCGGAAACUGUACUCGAAAGUUUGUGGCAGGGAGAUCAGGUGUCUAAGCACAAACGGUUGGAGAUGUACAAGAAGUUUCGUCGAACAAAUUAUUCGGAUUCGGAGAAUCUGAAGGUUUUUCGAGCUUUUCACGACAAAGCCAGGAGGUUGAACUUUGCAAAAGAGUUAAAGAACAUGUCUAGGGAGCACAGAUUGUUCUAUCCACCGGAUGAGAAGACGGAACUCGUGGGAUUUCUGGACAUCGUGCUCUUCAAAAGAAGGAGUUAUCGGAAGGGAGGCCGAGGGAAGAGGAAGAAAGAAUUCAGCUUUCUGAGCGAUAGUUACGCGAUAAAAGGGAUCGUGGAACCUAUGGAAACUCUCAAAAAGCUGGUCGAAACUCCCAAAAAGCAGCCAGAACAACCGGCAGAGCGGGAAGAGAACACACAGGAAGUUCAAAAAGCGGUGAAUGGAUACGAAGAGCGAUCUAAACUAUUCACGGAAGAAGAACUCAUCAUGUCCAUAAUGCCAUUCGAUGCGUCCGCCCGUGCCGAGUUUCUCACGGAAAAACUGCUAGGCACGGAUGUCGAGGUAUCAACUGAUUAUCUCAAAAAACAUGAUGUGUUGGUGUCGAAAUGCCAGACCUUCUACAAUCACCUUUCGGAGCGAGACCUGAUUCGAAUAAUGCGCAGAGAUCUUGAUCCGAUUGAAACAGUUCGUGGGAGUGGAAUUCAAGGAUUGAAAGACUUCCAGGAAAAGCCGACGGCGAGGAGAAAAAUAAAAGCAGACGUGGAGCCGAUCAUUCACUAUCUCGGACUCGGAAGUGCGCACGCGGAUCGACGCAUCAACACACCGUCGGCGGAAGCGUUUUUCAGAAGAUGUGCCCCACCGCCUGGUGCUCAGGAGGCGCUCCGUCCGGGUGUUCUCCGGGAGAUUGUGCUCAAUUCACAGAUGGAAGCGGAAGAGCUAAUCAAAGUAUACCGGAUUCACGAGAGUCCCGAGCAACUGCAGCAUCUAGUCUUCCUGGCGUUUGACCACUCAUUCGAAAGCCGAGAACAGCGGGAUUCGUUUUUCCCGUCAAGUAUGACACCCUGGUCGAAAGAGCCCCUCGGCGCACUGAUGGCCCUGUGGUUAGAAGACAACGGAGGGCUUGUCGAGGAGAGAACGAUGGAAGUGGAGCAAGGAGGUGGUCGGCGGAGAUCUGAUGGGGAUUCGACGGACGAAGAGGGUCUAAACGAGACUCAGAAAGUGGAAAAUCCUUCUGACGAACCCUCUCUUCAGUACAGUAAUGAUACUGGUCCCCUGGAGUUGCACGCUUCGAGAAGUGCUAUUCAAUCUGACCAAGGUACUUAAGUAAAGCACAAUUAAACGUUUUUAUUCCAACAGUUUAAUUUUUCAGAUGAUAUUCAAAUAGUAUCUGAGAAAUUAGCAAGCGUAAAAAUAAUAACAAGACCUGAAGUUUACGAGAAGGCCGAAUCGAUUCAUGGCGCAGAAGGAUACUGGGGAGAGCCGGAUGAUCCGAUUCUUGAGAGUAGACUGAGUAAAAGUAUGUCGGAUUUGGAGGAUAUUGUGCGAUGGUCGAGAGUUAGAGUAAGGGGAUCACGGAGAGACCGUUUGAAUUGGAAUGGACAACUUUUCAGAUGGCUAUUAGGGAUUACGUCCUGCGAAAUAGCGAGGAGGACAUUAUGAAGGAGCACAGUUACUACGGCUUUGUCGACAGCUACCGAGCGUAUUCCGACGAGGACGAGAUGUUGGAAGAAGCGCCGAAGGUGGAAGCGGCAGAGUCGAUCCCAGAAGAGGUGGAACGGACGGACAAAAAGGAAGAAGAGCCGUGGCGCCGUCGUUCCUCAACUCCAAACAGUUGCUUCGUCUCGCCCGCCACUCCGCCUUCGCAUUCAUUUGCGGAAGACGAGAGCCCGGGAACGAUAGUGAGAAAGAGGGGAAGACCGGUGGGAUCCAAGAAUCGGAAGGAAGGAGAGGCGACGCCGAAGCGGAAACGGAAUCCGAAUCCGACAGGAACAGGACGAGGACGAGGCGGCAGAGGCGGAAGACCCAGAGGAGUUUCCAGAGGAAGAGGUUCGUGAACGAUUCCUCAGCCAUUUUUGUAUAUUUCUUCAUUUUCUAGGUGGAAGAGGAUCCGGAUCAGUGGCCAGCAGCGUGUCCCGACCAUCAAUUGAUCAAGAAGAUCUUGCGGAGCUUCUGAACUCCUCCGACACUUUAGAGGAUCCGGAGACGACCGGAAAAAGACGGCUGAGGGAUGAAGUGGAAAAAAUCCGACACAAAUUUUGCAAAAUGGUAAUUUCGAGGAGUUUGGAGAAUUUAAAGGAUGAAUACACGUUACUUCGAGAUGAAGCCCUCGAGAAUUGGACGGAAGAAGAGUGGAAACAACACAAGGAACGAUGUCUGAAGGGAAGAAUGAACUCUCUGAUUCCCUACGACCCCCGACUGUUUUUGCCCGCUCAACGAGUUCAUGCGAAGAUUGUCAUCGAUGGCGAGCUUCCCGUUGCAGUUCAGAGAUGCUUGACAAAGUUCGGAACCGCCCAAGAUUGCCACGUUCGUUUGGAUCGAUUCUCCAAAAAGUUUUGCCACUUUUUGGCCGAUUAUCACUGUGACAUAAUCCGGGAGUAUCACACCAAUGAUUUCUAUCUUUCCACACUCGCCAAUGCAACUGUGAUCGUCGACGGCGUUGUUGUUCGGAGACAGACGCUGACGGCACUGGAAGAUGCCGAAAGAAGAAGAACAAUGCGGAGUAAUAGUCUGAAAUUGAAAGAAUUCAUUGAGAAAUCAAUAAAUUGCAGGUCCUCCACUCCUCCCCUCGAACAUCAAGUGUCGCUGCCAAGUUCAUAUCGAUCAGGAGACCGCGCAUCAGGAGAAUUGGCACACGUCCGACUCAUUCGGAAUCGUUAAACUGAAGCACGAAGCUCGUGUGCAAGUCGGAUGUGUUCAGUUCACAUUUUUGAGUCUAGGCUAAUUUUUUAAAUGUUCAUUUUAGUUAUCGUUGUCUUUUUCAUUUUGAAUUUUUCCAAGUACUCAUGUUUCUGGCAGUCUUAUUUGAUGAUCUCUGUCCGACCCAUUUCCCGAUUACAUUUCAUACUCAUUGCCAACUAGCCAAUUAUGUAUCUAACUUUGGUUCCGAGAUAAAAUUCUCUUUUACAUCCAUAUUUUUAACUAGUCACUUCCAAGAUUAGGUUACUUCCAGAAUACUUUGCCAAUUUUCUUUCUUCGUGAAAAAUGAUUGGAUGUUAUAUUUUAGAUGAAUAAUCAAUGGGACGACACUAUUUUUGAUCCGUUCUCCUCGCCGGGCCUCUCAUAUUCUAGGCAAAGAAGAUCCGAAGGAGAGGUAAGCAAUCCGGCUCGAUGCAUUCCGAAUUAUCCAUUUUCCAGUCGACCAGUCUGCCGCGGGCGCUUCGAUCAGCAAUGGAUCCUGAAUACGAGUACCCCGAAGCGUCGGUGGAUCCGUUCGCCUCCUCAUUCGUUUACACGGACGACGCCUCGCUCCUGAAUGCUGUCUCGGCGCCUUCUUCUCAAGAACCCACGUCAUCGAGGAGUCAGGCCAUCGAAAAGACGACGACGAGGAAAACGACACAGAAAAAGCUCGGAUAUCCUAAGGAACGGACUUUGAGACGAGGGGAAUAUCCAGCGAAUCAUGUAUAUAAUGGCAGCGAACGAUUGUCGCAAGUGUCGCUUAGGGAUUUUCUCACUGAGGAAAAUGUCGAGGUACGUAUUUAGAGAGCCUUCGAGUACGUGAAAACCCGGCAAACGAGUUGACCUGGCGCGAUCUCAGGCUUUUGUGAUAUCUAAAAAUACUUAUUCUUUCCAGAGUCACCGCGGUAAGCGGAAACCGUUCGUCAAAACGGACAAGCAGACACGAAUGUCGGAAUUUCUGUUCGUGUCGCAGCGAGUGGACAAAGGGGCCCGCGAGUUUGGGCUCAAGACUAAGAAGAUACCAGUAAGAGGGAGCAAAAAGAAGAGGGAGUCGUUGGAAAACCUGGAAGUGGAAGUGGAAGACGUUGAAAUCGUUGAACAGCCCAGAAAAGAAGUACUGAAAACUCCAAAAAAGCCAGACGAUGACUUUGACGCCUCUUUCGCUCUGACCACUCCAAGUCCUUAUAGAAGAGCCGGAAAGCUCCAGAAGACAACGAAACUGGCCAACUUUUUUGAGACGUCUUCAGGACCCACGCAGAAGCAGCCGACAGUAACUGCAAAUGAUCCGUCUAUUUAUUUAAAUGAAUCCUCGCUGCUGAACGCUACACUAUCGCCCAUUCGCACUCGCACUCCUGUCAAGAGUCUCGCGGAGACGGUGCCCGUUUUCACGCCUUCUCCGGCGAAAAAACAUCAUGGCCAACACCCGGAAGAUCGGGGAAAAGCGCAGGUGAAACGGGCGCUUAGAAAUGGGAGCUAUCUGGCGAAUCCGAAUCCACAAGUGAAAAGAGCAAAGGUACUUGAAACUUAUGAACAAGGCAAAGUGUUACAGUAGUAUCUUUCCAGCAACAAUAUCCGACUUUCGAUUGUCCUUCGCCCAUCACACUUUCGGAUUCAGAGGAGCGCAUCAAUAAGCGGCCGCAAAGACCGACUCUGACAGCCGAAGAGGCGAAACGGAAGCAAUUCGGAGCCCACAUGGCCGAACGACAUCAGAUGAUGCAACGAAUCGUGGACGAGAAAUUUGUGGAGGAGCGCGAGAAUGGCGGGAUCGAGAAGCGGCGGGCGGAGAUGAAGCCGGGCGAGGUGGUUCGGAAUAAGGAGAUGAGGAAGAAUCUGAUGCACGGCGCGGCGUGUCCGUGUUGCCGUGGAUAUUACGAAGGAUUAAAUAUGGGCGACGAGGAGAAGCGGGAUUAUAUCAACAAGGUUUCACUGUCGCGCUCUCUCCCCAUAUCAUUUGUAUCGCCGUUUGCAGGUCAGCCGACAUCGUUAUGUGCAUCAAGCGCUCCCAGACACUCCUGAAAAGUACUGGGACCUGACGAUGGGUCCUCGCGACGACGAUGAGGAUGAAGAAGAAGAAAGAGGAGGAGGCAGCUGGCAAGAGAAGAAGAAAAGCACAGCUGGAAUUCAGAACUGGAACUGA